AUAGUUGAACGAUAUAACCUCAAAGCGGCGACAGGGAAUUUCGCCUAUUUAUUUUUUAAAUUGCUAAACUCUUUGCACAAUGAGCCGAAAUUACAAGGAGGAUCAGAGCAGUGAGGUCGAAGCUCUGGAUUCUAUUUACUGCGGCGAAAUGGAGGUUCUUGCGACCGAGCCUUUUCACAAAUUCCAAAUUCCCAUUGCGACAGAAGAGUACAGUGCAGGGGAAAAUGAAAAUGGAUUGUCCUGCAAGUUGGUCUUCACAUACACAGCCACCUAUCCAGAUGCGGCGCCGGAUGUGGAAAUUGAGGAAGCAGAAAAUUUUGAAGACACAUUCGAGACACGUCUGCUGGAGCACUUGCGGAUAACUAUUGAGGAAAAUCUUGGCAUGGAGAUGAUAUUCUCGCUGGUGAGCAGUGCCCAGGAGUGGCUCAACCAGCGUUGGGAUGAGCAUACAACCCAGGCGGAGGAGAAGCGUGUGCAGAAGCUGCGGGAGGUGGAAGAGGAGGAGCGCAAGAAAUUCGAGGGUACGCGCGUGUCGGUCGAGACGUUCAUGAAGUGGAAGAUUGACUUUGAGGAGAGCACGGGCAUCGCAGCGAAAAGGGAUAAGAUUAAUGAUUGCAAGAAGCUGACUGGACGCGAGCUCUUUAUGUGCGACAACACGCUGAAUGAUUCCGACAUUAAAUUCCUGCUGGAGGCGGGCGAAAACCUUGAAAACGUCAAGAUCGACGAGACACUGUUUCAAGAUAUUGGCGAGCUGGACUUGGAUGAUGACGACGAUGAGGACUGGGUGCCUGGGGCCGAUGACGAUGAUGAUUGAACGAACUGCAGCUGCGAUAUUGAAAAAAAAAUGGUUUUUUGAAGGCCCAUUCGUGUAUUCUGUGCAACAUUAAAUGCGUACUUUUUUGGCUAA